UUUUGCUCAGCACAUUUCGCCCAGCACCGUCGAGUGCCGACGAGACACUGAACUGCGUGAAGCCAGGACAGAGGGGUGUUCCAAACUUUCCAGUUUUCGAAUACCGCAGACGUGAGUGUGUGUUUGUGUGCAUUGUUUCGCUACGAAAACGUCAUCGGUGUUUUACAGCUUCCCUUCGUACUAAAACGUUCUAAAUUUCUAGAAAGAUUCUUUUUUUGAUUGGAACGUGUUUCAUCUCUGACGACCGCUGCAGUGAUUUCGUGUAAGUGUUCAAUUCUUGCUCCUCUACGCACACAGUUUGGAAUUCUUUAUUUUGUAAAAAGUGACUUUGUGUGGCAGUCGUAUUGGUGCCAAAGUGUGCUCCAACGUAAUAAUUCCACAGUCGUAAAUCCCGCCAUUUUCAACUUAUUCUGCUGAAAAACAUUCUGUGCAUGUGCGAGUGAUAAAACGCAAUUUCAGCAGAGCAGUCCAGGAAACAAGAGUACUUUUUUGGGAGGAAGGGAGAGAAAAUAAUAAGUUUUCCCUUUUUCUUUUUUCUUUUUUUCAACCUUUGCCCCCUCUUUUAUUUUACAACGCCCUCUAAAAAAAAGUGCCCGUCGACGCCAUCGUAAUAAUCCAAGGGGAGGGUUGAAAAGGGGGGCCAUGAGAUGACAAAAAUGUCGCGGAUAUUGCCACUGCUUCUGUUCGUCUUCCUCGUCAACGGACAAAUCCCCAAAAGAGAUUCGUCGGACACGUUGGACGAUUCCUUUUGGACCGAGGAGACAUCAGUCGGUGAUGUGGAGAAGUUGCUCAAGGAGCACCGGGAGAAUCAGGACCUGGUGCGAUCGAUAGGUGGCAGUCAUUACCAAAUCGUCUUCCCCGUUCAAUUGAGACAUCGUGAAAAGAUGGGCAUUUCUACACGUGAAAUCGGUGCCGCCAAGACUAUGGAGCGACCGUCUGAAUCUAGCAGGAUGAAUGAACGCUACAGCACUCAGCAGCAACAGACGGGCAAACAUUACCACCGAACGUCGCUGCUAAUCAAAGCCUUCAGCCACAAGUUCCGACUCGACUUGGAAUUGAACUCGCAGCUGUUGGCGCCCAACUUGAUCCAAAAGCAUUUUCUGCCCGGCGGAGUUGAGCAGUUCUCCAAACAGGAAAUUGAACACUGCUAUUACCAUGGGACUGUCAAGGACUACCCCGGUGCUGUGGCUGCCUUCCGGACGUGCAGCGGAGUCAGCGGAAUAAUCCACAUUGGCAACGAGACGUUUGUCAUCCAUCCGUUUUACGGUGGCGAUUUAUCGCAGCGGAAACACCCUCACGUCAUUUUCGAAGCACGCACAAAAGUGAAGCAAAUGUGCGCCAACACGGGAAUGUUGGAAUGGGGACUGCGCUCCGGAAACUAUCGCGGAGGUAAAAAUCAGAAGAAUUCGCCGAAAUCCAACGAGCGACAAAAGAGAGACGUCCGUGAAGUCACGAAAUACGUAGAAACUGCCCUCGUUCUUGACAAAGCCAUGUUUGAAAAGCGAAAUGGUAGCCGAAGAAUCGAAGUCGUUCAGGACGCUAUUCAAAUAGCUAAUAUCGCUGAUUUGUAUUUCCGCACGCUUAAUACACGCGUCUCGGUCGUGUAUAUUGAAACGUGGGCGAGCGAGAAUCAAGCGCUCAUCGACCGAUCACAGGACAUUCACCGCGCGCUGCUCAACUUUAACGAUUACAUUUCGCGCAAACAUUACAACUUCGAAAAGGACACCACUCAACUUCUCUCUGGCGAGACGUUUGCGGGCGUCUCCGGCAUGGCAGCACCUGACACGAUUUGCACGGUUAAAUCGGUUGGACUGAGCGUCGAUAUCAAUCCGUACGAGCCUCACCUGGUGGCAGGUACAAUGGCUCAUAUGAUUGGCCACAAUAUCGGAAUGGGUCACGACGAUGGACGUGACGAAUGCCACUGCGGAGAUUGGCAUGGCUGCAUCAUGUCGCACUCCAUUAUGGGCUUGGAUAACGUCCAGCCGUACAAAUUUUCCGAGUGCAGCCUCUCCGACUAUAUCGACACGCUCCGCAUUGGUCACGGCCUCUGCCUCUUUAACCGACCCAAUCAGCUGGGAGAUUUUCGCACGUGCGGUAACGGGGUUGUUGAGGUUGGCGAAGAGUGCGAUUGUGGAACAAUCGAGGAGUGUCACGAAUCUGAUCCGUGCUGUGAUCCCAUCACGUGCAAAUUGACAGCCGAAGCGGAAUGCGCUUCCGGGCCGUGCUGUGACGAUUGCAAAUUGCGUCCUAAAGGCUAUCUCUGCCGAGAUGCUACCAAUGAAUGCGAUUUGCCGGAAAUUUGUGACGGACGUUCGGGCCAGUGUCCGUUAGACAUUUUUAAGAAAAAUGGCAACCAGUGCGAAAUCAAUAAAGGCUACUGUUUUAACGGUGUGUGUCCCACAUUGGACAGCCAAUGCCGACUCAUAUGGGGCGAUGGUGGACUGUCGGCUGAUCGCAAAUGUUUUGAGCAAUUUAAUUCGCAAGGAUCGAUUAAUGGCCAUUGCGGAUUGGAUUCACAAAACAAUUAUAUUCGUUGCGAUGCAGAGCAUGUCAUGUGUGGCUCUCUUCAAUGCCAAAUGGGCACACGUUACCCGAUCGUGGCCGGAAUGGAUCAAAUGUAUUCGAGGACUGUGGUUUCCAUGGCCGGUCGUGAAUUUGAGUGCAAAAUCACGAGUGGGACUGUUGCAGCAGCUGAUUUGCCUGACCUAGGGAUCGUGCGGGACGGAACGCCCUGCGGAAACAAUUUGAUUUGCAUGAACAAGACGUGCAGCAGCAUCUAUCCUUACAUUGACCGGUCGAAAUGCCCGAGCAACAAUGUAGCGCUGGAUUGCUCCGGUCACGGCGUCUGCUCUAAUGUCAAUUCAUGUUUUUGCGACGCUGGAUGGACGGGUCACGAUUGCUCUACCCAAACGAAUGACAGUUACAUUCGUAGUGGCCAUUCUGGUGACAAAUCUGGAUUGGGAGCUGCGGAAGCAUCGGAACGAGACGCUUCACACGCCGGCGCCUUAGGCACUGGUGCUCCUCCGCCGUUGAAUGGCGUCACCACCCUGAAACCGGAAGCGCAAACGAGCAACAGCAAAACCACCUCUUACGUAGACCGCAGUGGUCACAGCACGGUGUUUAUGGUGGUGAUGCUGGUCUCGGUAGUAGGGGGCGUAUUUAUCGUCUUUGCCCUAAUGGCCCUCUGCUACAGGUCAGUGGUGGUACACAGAAACCUCUCCCUUUGCCUCAGAAGGAAGAGUACCAUGCCGAAAUACGACCCACCGUAUCUGAAACGACCGUUAGUCAACCCAUCAGGACAAAUGAUGACGUUGCCGAAACCUCCUGGUAGCGGUGGAGGUAAUCCUGGCGGAGGAGCGGGUCCUUCAGGAAUGGGUGGAGCUCCUGGACCGUCUGGCAUUAGCAAUGCAACGGCCAAUCAUCACCACACGACGUCCAUGUCAACAGAUGCUCUCUCUUUAGAAGCGGGGGCCAAAGGCAUCUCUUUCGGCACGAUGCCUUCGUACAACAAUCGAUUUCCUGGGCCCGGGAACGCUCAGCUCCAACAGCAUCAACAUCAUCAUCAUCAACAGCAACAGCAGCAACAUAUUGUCCAGCACAUGAAACAACGCCAGCAUCCGCACAUGGAUGGAAUCAGUUCAGCGUCGCACAGCCACGUCAACAGUCCCAAUUCCACACCUGCUCAUCAUGGCAUCAGCAAUCACAUUAUGCAAGCGUCUGCUAGUGAGGAUGAAACCCUCCAGUCUGGUGAAGAUGAAGGGACGGCCUUCUUGGACGGAAUGCCGCAAUCCAACAAUUUGUCCGGCUCCGGGAUCAACAAGCAACCGGAGAAGGGCAUUCUCAAGAAAUCCGGUGGAGGGGUGUACGGCUCGGUUGGUGCAGGCGGAGGAAUCAGCUCAUCCCAGCAGCAGCUGGCCGGUGGAGGCGGACAUGGUCCGUUGUUGACUUUGCCCCUCGGUCGGAUGAACAGCGGUUCGUCGAUGAUGAUGAACAAGGAGAAAUGGAGCGAAGAGUCGCAGUCGGACAAUCAAGAAGUCAUGUCCGUUUUACUGUCACCAGAUGGCGGUAGUAGCCGAAUAAGCGACCGGCUGGGUGCGUCCAGCCUUUCAGACGUUGAGCGCACUCUGAAGAGCCUCAACGGCUAUCACGAAGACAUCCUUCAAGCUCUUCGGAGUGCGGCGGCCAGCCAGCGAAGUGCCAGCACGGCCAGUUUGUCGGAUGAGUUGCGGAAGUCAUUUGCGGAAUCGUACGCAGAUUACUUCCCUCCGCCAGACUACCUGUCGAUGCGAAGCCUCAACAAUCACGACAAACACGGUGGUGUUGGCGGUCGUGGGGGCGUCAUGGGGCCGGGCAGCAGUGUCAGUAGCACUAGCGAGAGAUUGCCCGGAUUGGCCAGCCCUCUGCCUGGCGGAGGUCCGCUAGGCGUUGGCGCACAUGGCGGAGGUGACAGCGGUGACGAAGGCGACCUGGUGCCGCCCUGUGGACCGAUUCGCAUCCGCAACCUGGAGGACCUCAUCCGUCAGCUGGAACGGCACAGCGCGCGUCACACUAGUCCGAACGGUUCGGAGGACAUCCGCAUGUCUGAAACGGAAGCGGAUCGCCAUUACCGGCUCAUGGAGGCCGCAGCCGGAGGCGGUGUCCCCGGUUUAGGAGCUUCUGAUUCCCAAUCAGGUAGCGACGCCUUGCGAUUUGUCUACGGCCGUUAUCGACAGCCGACUUCCGUGCCGGGCAUCAGCCUUUACGAAACUACCAGCAACGAGAACAAUCACGACCACGACGACAUCAAACACGGUGGACAUGGCAGCGGUGAUCCGGGUGACUCCGACGAAAGUGACAGUGACGUCGUGCUAGGAGCGGAUCAGGAGCGGCUGUUUAUCGACGAUCCAUUGCUGCUGAGUCGUGGAGGUCCCGAAGAACUCGGCUACGGACCGCCCUUGUCUCCGUCCGGCAACUCGGAAGAGUCUUACACUGUCGAUGACGGGACAACAACUGUGUCGUCUUCUUAUCCGUCGGGUUCCCGUUCAGCCGUUAGCGCUGAUGAAUCUCAUCGAGUGGCUGCAGCAGCCGUUGAAGCUAUUGCCGCAUCUCCUCACAUUCGACCAGCCAAAUUUCCCGAAUACAAACACUAAAUGAAUGUGUGUGAUGUGUAUGGAAACAAAACAAGUGCGUAACGUUCUAGCCACCGUAUCGUGUAACUCGCUCCCCGUCAGAACAAACAAACAUAGAAAUGUGCGUGUGCGUGUGGACUCGAUAAUUUUGUAUUGCUCACACAUAAUUGCGGCCACAUUUUCAAUUUCAUUUCGUGAAUUUUCCCUCUCCCGUCAACCGUGUGCUCGUGUAUUAUUCUGCGUACAAAUGACGGAUGAUCGGGUAAUGAACUCGAUCAUCCCAGAGAUGAAGAAAACCGGUUUCAUUCUUUUUCAGACUGCUACUACAUUUACAUCCACACUGAUUGAUUAAAUAUUGCAUAUGCUUCCAAUUUUGACGGUCCGCAUGUUUGGAUUCGUUUGGAUUUCUUAGUAUUGUAUUUAUACUCUUUCAGAAGUGACAAAUUUCCAGUUGUCUAAAGAAAGAGAAAAAAAAAUUAGAUCGUCGUCGUCGUUUGUUCUAAUUACAUAUACAUAAUUUAUAUAUAUAAGAGCGUGGAUGUGAAGCAGUGCGUAAUCGUUUGAUUAAGGUUUAAAUAGUUAUGCCUAAGAAAUUGUAGAGAGAUUAUCCUCCAGUUCCACUUUAUUUUGUUCCUUUUUGCACCAUUUGACUCUUUACUUUCACGAAAUUUACAUGAGAAAAGCUAAUCAGACUAAUUCUUUUCGAGUAAUGUACGCGUUACUUAUUAAGAUAACUUUUGCCGUUCAUUUCCUCGUCGAUUCUUUUCACAGCUGAUAUUCUGACGGAUCCCGUAUGAUAACAUGUGUUGAUUCAUUAUUUUCCCCAUCAAUCAUUGUGGACUAUUAAUUUUGUUUUGUCAUUUUCCAUCUCUCGUUCUCUUUUUCAUCAUCGAUGCUCAUUUGUUUGUACGUUUUUGGCUAGUUCUCGCUUGCCCAAACACUUGGCAAAUUUUCAAGGCGAAUGAAGCCAAAACGGAACUGACAAGAAGACAAGAAAAGUAUGGUAAUAUUAAGUGCUUAUGUUUUAUCACAGCAUUUAUUAAGAAAUGUUUCAGCCCUGCCCUAUCUUAGCCUCGCCGAUUUUUGUUUUCUAAAAAAUUACGCUCGAGUGAAUGAAAUUCUCCUCAGACCCUGACCGUUCAGUUUCGAAUUGAAAAUUUAAGUAAAAUGCAAAGUAUUAAAAAGUAUACCGAGUAAACAACAACAACAAAUUACCAGCUGCUGGUAUCUACAUCUCAAUAUUGUUAUAGUUGAAUGUGUCUCUGUAUACGGUGUGUGUCAGCUGUCAAAUUGAGACGAUGAUAAGACAUAACGAUGAUAAACUGACGACUGAUCCAAUAAUAAAAAACAAACAAAAGACAAAA